AUGUCGCAAGUCAACACCUCAAGUUCCUUGACAGGCCUCGGCCACUCGUCACAAUCUCAAAAUAUCCCAAGUUCCCAGAAUCAACCACUCAAUUAUUCAAGCAACGAUUCCCAAGAUACUACCGCUUCCAAUGAUACAGAUCGUAUUUUCACUCCGCCCGAAAGUGACAGUGAGGGUAGCAAUGGAAUAAGAAAUAGCCAUAGCUCGAGUCAAGAGUCUCAGCUCCUGCAGCUCUCCCAGCUCGCCGCAGCACAGCAGAGGAUGAACGAGGUAGACGGGGCACCUACGGCUGGUGGUCAAUCAAGAAAGCGUAUGGCCGACGGUGUGGUCAAGCACAAGAGGAAUAGCUCAAGCGUGUCCCCAAUUCGACCUGGUCACUCUAGAAACACUAGCACCGUGAGCAUAGCUUCUACCUCUAGUCGCAUCGGAGAGCUAUCGGCUGAAUUGAGGACCAAAUUGUCUUACGCUAUGGUCAAGGUCAACAACGGCUGGCAAGGGCAUUCUAUCGAUGAGGUUGAGUCGCUCGCGUCUCAAGUUGCCUCUCCCACUUCUAGCACAUCUACGUUGCAUGGUAGAUAUGGGGCGUCUGCAAGCCCCCGAGUCGCAGUUGCUCCUACGAGGCACAGGGCUUCAAGCAUGGUUACCAGCCCUACAACGCAACAUCCAUUCCAAGGUCGCCCGUAUGAGCCAUUAUGGAGAGAGGGUAACAUGAAGUCAUCUGCUUCAACAUCACCUAACACCCAAGUGUCCGCGCUAGCUCCGCCUGCGCCUAUACAACCACGUCAGCCUAACCAGACCCAUCCUCGUCGUAGCUCCAACGCGAGGUUUGCACCAGCUUACCUAUCUCACCCGCAUCACGUUUCCCCCCAUACUCCUGCUCAGCCAAGUCCGUUACAAGCCACUCCGGGUCACGGGAAUAUUAGGACACCCAAUGUCGACCCUAUCCUCUUUUCUCCGCACCAGAAUGUGCGGGAGCAGGAAGCGUUGGAGACGUUGAUGUUUAUGAGCAGCCCUGGAAACUCGGCAAAUGUAAAGCAUACAUUUCCCUCAUCUCUCCCUUCAUCACAGGGCUCGCAGCCAGUACAGCCAUUACAUCCGCCGCAUACGCGCAACGGCGGAAGAACUGCUCUCCCUACCUCGCGACUAGGUUCGGGAGCCGAGGCCGGGAACCAGGGACGCAAAAGUUUACCAACAGCGCGGCCGCAACAUAAUCACGCGCCCCAAGUUAAGCGCGUUGGAUUUGAGAAGUCACCGGGUAUCUACGGUGGGAUGGAUAUUGAUGACACGCACGUAUCUCCGCGAAGUAGAGGCACACCUCGUCGCCGAACGAAUGGAUCGGCUCCGCGACCAACUCUAUCUAUCCCUGCUGGCCUAAGCGGCCCGUCCCGACCGAGAACAGCACUGCGAGGUGAUGACAUAGAAAGGAUGCUCGACCGGGUAGGGGCCAGACGACAGCUCGGAUCGAGUGAGGAGAGUGAGAUCCACAUUCCCCAGAAUAGAAGAGUGAAUGGCCCAGUGGUGGGAGUUUGA